UCAACGGCAAAAUCCCGGUCCGAGGUAUCACACGGACGUUCGGCUCAGGUAAAACGGAGAAAGGAAUCUUCCAGGCGCUGAAGGAACUCGGUCUCCCCAGUGGGAAGAAUGAUGAAAUCGAGCAUUCGGCCUUCACCUUCGACAUCUUCUACGCUCUGACGCAGAAGAUCUGCCCUCGCACGGACAUCGAGGAGCUCUUCAAGAAGAUCAACGGAGACAAAAGUGAUUAUUUAACCGUAGAGCAGUUAGUCAGCUUUCUGAAUGAAAACCAGCGGGACCCUCGACUCAACGAGAUCCUCUUCCCCUUCUAUGAAGCCAAACGGGUCAUGCAGAUCAUUGAGAAGUACGAGAGAGACGCCGACUUGAAAAAGAAAGGUCACAUGUCCAGCGACGGCUUCUGCCGCUACCUGAUGUCGGACGAGAACGCGCCGGUGUUUCUGGACCGUCUGGAUCUGUGUCAGGAGAUGGAGCAUCCGCUGGCUCAUUACUUCAUCAGCUCCUCACACAACACCUACCUGACGGGCCGGCAGUUCGGCGGGAAGUCCUCGGUGGAGAUGUACCGACAGGUGCUGCUGUCCGGAUGCAGGUGUGUGGAGCUGGACUGCUGGGAUGGUAAAGGUGAGGAUCAGGAGCCCAUCAUCACUCAUGGGAAGGCCAUGUGCACCGACAUCUUGUUCAAGGAUGUAAUUCAAGCCAUAAAGGAAACAGCGUUUGUAACGUCUGAAUAUCCUGUCAUUCUGUCGUUUGAGAACCACUGCAGUAAAACGCAGCAGUAUAAGAUGGCCAAGUACUGCGAGGAGAUCUUCGGAGAGCUGUUGCUGAAGCAGCCGCUGGAGGGAUUCCCAGUACGUGAUCUAUUCCCCCGCACACAGAUCCAGACCUUCAUGGAAAAUAUUGAAGCCGGCCAGCCGCUGCCAUCGCCCAGCGACCUCAAGCGCAAAAUACUCAUCAAGAACAAGCGCUUGAAGCCUGAAGUGGAGCAGAAGCAGCUGGAGUCGUUUAAGAAGCACAUGGAGGCUGGAGAGAUGAGCAUACAGACUGGAGAAGAUGAGAACGAUGAAGAUCUGGACAGCGCGCUGGACGGUAAAGAGCUGAACUCAGACCUGAAGAGCAGCAACACUGUGGCUCUGUCGGAGGAUCUGGAUGCAGAAGCUCAGGACAGCAGCAGGAAGAAGAUCCCAGACGAUGACGUCACUGAGAUCUCAGAAGCCACUGAAAUCACGGACGCCACCGACGUGUCAGAAGUGUUGGAGCUGGAGAACAAGAAGAAGAGCGGGGAAACGGCUGAAGACGCUGACGCCGAGCAGCAGCUCAUUGCCUCAUAUAAGUAUGAAGGAGCCACGACCAACAUCCACCCGUACCUGUCAGCCAUGGUCAACUACGCUCAGCCCGUCAAGUUCCAGAGCUUCGAGGUCGCUGAGGAGAGGAACAUCCAUCACAACAUGUCGUCCUUCAACGAGUCUGUGGGUUUGGGCUAUCUGAAGACGAACGCCAUUGAGUUUGUGAACUACAACAAGCGGCAGAUGAGCCGCAUCUACCCCAAAGGAGGCCGCGUGGACUCCAGCAAUUACAUGCCUCAGAUCUUCUGGAACGCCGGCUGCCAGAUGGUGUCUCUGAACUUCCAGACUCCAGAUCUGGGCAUGCAGCUGAAUCAGGGGAAGUUCGAGUACAACGGCGCAUGCGGGUACCUCCUCAAACCAGACUUCAUGCGCCGCGCCGACAGAAUGUUCGACCCGUUCUCUGAGACGCCAGUAGAUGGAGUGAUAGCAGCGACCUGCAGCGUACAGGUGUUCUCGGGUCAGUUCUUAUCGGAUAAGAAGAUCGGCACGUAUGUGGAGGUGGACAUGUACGGCCUUCCCACCGACACCAUCCGGAAAGAGUUCCGCACACGUAUGGUGAUGAACAACGGCCUGAACCCGUACUACAACGAGGAGCCCUUCGUCUUCAGGAAGCUGAUUCUGCCGGAUCUGGCCGUGCUGCGCAUCGCUGUGUACGACGACAACAACAAGCUGAUCGGUCAGAGGAUCCUGCCGCUGGACGGACUGCAGGCCGGUUACCGACACAUCUCGCUGCGCAAUGAGGGGAACAAGCCGCUGUCGCUGCCCACCGUCUUCUGCAACAUCGUCCUGAAGACAUACGUGCCAGAUGGCUUCGGCGCCAUCGUUGACGCUCUUUCUGAUCCAAAGAAGUUCCUCACCAUCGCAGAGAAACGUGCCGACCAGAUGCGAGCUCUCGGGAUUGAAACGAGUGACAUCGCAGACGUUCCCAAUGAAAACUGCAAGAGCGAUAAGAAGGGAAAAGUGAAUCAGGUGAAGACUAACGUGACGCCGCAGAGCAGCUCCGAGGUGAACGCCACACAGAACAACGUCAGCGAGAACAAACGCGAUAAUUCUGCCAUUGUGAAUCAGGUGAACAUUGAAGAUUUGAAGCAGAUGAAGACCUUCAUUAAACUGAUGAAGAAGCAGCAGAAGGAACUGAACACACUAAAGAAACGACACACUAAGGAACACAACGCCAUGCAGAAAUCACACUGCACGCAGGUGGACAAAAUAGUGGCUCAGCAUGACAAGGAGAAGUUCACGCUGGAGAAGCUGCUGGAGAAGGCCAUCAAGAAGAGAGGUGAAAACAACUGCUCCGAGUUAAAGAAGGAGACGGCCAUAAAGGUUGAGAUGCUCACGACAGACCAUAAAGAAAAGGUGAAGGACAUGGUGGCGCAGCACACUAAAGAGUGGUCAGAGAUGAUCAACUGUCACAGCACAGAGGAACAGGAAAUGAAGGACGCCCAUGUGACGCAGCAGUGUGAGCUCCUCAGGAAGCUGCUGGCCAGCGUUCAGGAGCAGCAGACACUGCAGCUCAAGCUCAUCCACGAGCGGCAAAGCAAAGAGAUGAAGGGCAAUCAGGCGAAGAUGUCGAUGGAGAACAGCAAAGCCAUCAGCCAGGACAAGAGCAUCAAAAACAAGGCGGAGCGCGAGAGGAGAGUUCGGGAGCUGAACAGCAGCAACACCAAAAAGUUCCUGGAGGAGAGAAAAAGGGUUGGUUGAUGGUCUUUAGUCUUA